GGAGUUGGACCAAUGAAGAGGCGCGGUGUAAGCCUGGUUAGGGCGUGGGGGCUGCGGAGGAAGACAUGACGUCACGCCCAACACUACGCCCCUUGAAGCCUUGUGGUGGCGCGGUGUGUAGUCUGCCCUGAGCUGUGUCAAUUUGGUGUUGCCUAAAGCAGAAUGGCCUCCGGAGUUAAAGUAUCGGAUGAGAUCCAACAAGCAUACACAGACAUCAAAAAGAGCAAGAAGUAUAGGUACAUAAUCUUCCACAUAAAGGAUGAUAAAGAAAUAUGCAUCGAGACGUACGGAGAUAGAGACGCGUCGUACGAUGACUACUUGCAACACCUGAGUAAUGUUGGGCCAGAGCAGUGCCGCUACGGCCUCUAUGACUUCGAGUAUGAGCACGCUUGCCAGGGAACCUCAGACACAAAGAAGCAGAAGCUGUUUUUGAUGUCAUGGUGCCCAGACACAGCCAAGAUUAAGAAGAAGAUGCUUUACUCAUCCAGCUUUGAUGCCCUUAAACAAGCUCUAGAAGGUGUUGGCAAAUAUAUCCAGGCUACGGACAUGGCUGAGGCAUCCUACGAGUGCGUGUUGGAAAAAUGCCGCUCUACAGACCGUUCCUAAGCUUGCGAUGGGAGGCCCCUCACCAGACAGCAGCCUUUGCCCCUGUCACUUUUCUCAAGAACCCAGCAGGAAACCGGGGUGUGUCCCGGCGCGGUGAGGGGCCCACCGGCAGCAGCGAUCCCGUAGCUGCUGCCGCCCUAGUCAUGCCCGGGCCACCACUGUUAUCAUGCUAUCCACGCAGCAUCAGGAGGGGACUCAUUGUUUUAUACUUGUGAUUUAUUAUUUUGAUUAUUAAAUUGGCUGGUAUGUGGCAGGGUGGCAGCAGCUGUGCACUGAUCAAGCUGUAGCUUAUGGUGGCUGGCCUGUGCCUCCCCAAUGGAGGCCAGGCAAGUCUGGCAUUCCACUCACUAUAGACUCCAGUGUCAUCGGGGCCGCCUAUAGGAAAGGUCUGCUGGGGCCCUGUGCCUCCAGCAGCAGCGGAGAGCCUGGCCACAGCUCGCCUGUGGCCGCCUCCCUGGCCCGGCUGGGAUGCCUUAUGAGCUGCCCCUUGAACACUGUAACAGUGUCACCCGCCGCCACGAGCCGGCCCUGGCAAGUUUAGUAUUACAUGAAGCUCUUCCAUUUGUAUGUUAUGUCAUAUCACAAAUAAGGGAAUAUCAGUCUUCUACUUCCAGUUUUCAUUAAGUAUAAUUAGCUUUAUAUAUAACUAAAAUCAUGGUUUUAGCCCUUUACAACAUUGGCUGAAACCACAUUUUGUAAUUGAAACUGCUCAAAAUCUUGUGUUGCAUCAGCUGUUGCCCAUAAGGAAUCUACCAUUACUUAAAAGGGUUUUUGUAUGAUUUAUUGUAGGAUCAUGUCAACUUAUCUAAUAAAUUUCUUUUUAAUG